AUGGAUUACUCUGAGCCUCCAAGAAAUUACCCGCAUUCUCGCAGCAGCACUUGUAAGUUUGCCAGGACAUUGCAUGUAACUCGAAAGUUAGUACAGUUGCGCUUGUAUAAUAAGCAGAAAAGAGGAGAAAACUUGGUGCACUCGCAGUUGCCAUGGUACCAUAUUCAAAGGCACCAUACACGUAUGACACAGUACCGGUACUCGUGAAGUAUGAUAGCCCCCCCCCUUUCCUCGAGGAGUGUCGCCCAAAUCACAACUUCUCCACCUCUACGAUCCACCUAGUCAUAAUAUAUCCACCUUGUACAAAUUGUAAGACCAAAGUUGAGGUCAACUCUGCUCCUUUCCUGUUUCCCCUCACUCCCUCCACCCUUCGCACCCUUCCUUCCCUGCGCCGAGCCCCAGCUCCACCACGCCUUCCAUAUCCUUACCUUUGGCGGAAGCCACACCGCUUUAAGCAUGCCCAGGCGAAGCGGGAGGAACGAAACAGGCAAGUUUACUGUAUCGGAGCGAUCGAUUGAUAAAGCACUCCGCUGCCUGCCUCUUCACAUGAUGCAUAUCGUGUUAUACGGUACGGUACUACUCGAGUACUCGAGUAGAAGGGGGAAGUGAUUGCUUGACUACCGGUACGGUGGAUUAUCUUUUUUUUUUGUUUUUUUUUGUGAAAUCUAGUCACAUUGAUGGGUCCGGCGUGAAUGCCGUGUGUGUGUGGUACCAAUAGUACUUGUACUCGUAGGUUAUGGGGUAUGGUGGGGGGGGGGGGUGA